CCUUCCUGGCCAGGCUUGGCUUUCUCUUUAUAAUUUUUCUAAAAUUUCUUUUUCCCUCUCUCACAACAAUUUACAGCUUCAAAUGCCACCAGUCUUCCCCCUUUCUACUUAAAAGCGUAAUCAUUUCCCAGCACUAGCAAAUUGCAAUUAACGACUAUAUUAAACAAAAAAGAAAAACAGCGAGUCUAGAAAUUGUAGAAAUUGUACUUCGGAAUUGUAGUAGCAGUAGAUGAUAUCACUGUCGCACGGCACUCCCCUGCAUCUGUUGUUUUUCAGACAUACUCUUUCUCUUUCUCUUUCUCUUUCUCUUUCUAGGGUUUUCUAGGGUUUCUUCAUUUUUCUACAUAAUUGCUUUUUCAAUUGUUUCAUUUUGCGGAUACCUUGAUUUAGGGGGUUUCAGCUAAUGUAAGAUCUGCUUCAUAAUUUACGGGAGAAACUUUCAUGAUUCAGUGAACCGAUUAUCAUUUCAUUAUUUCUCUUCAAACAUGCAUUUCGGAAAGCUUGAUGACUCUCCUAUGUUCCGCCAGCAGCUGCAAUGCUUGGAGGAGAGUGCUGAAUCAUUAAGAGAAAGAUGCCAAAAGUUCUACAAAGGAUCUCGAAAAUACACUGAAGGGCUUGGUGAGGCGUAUGAUGGUGACAUUGCUUUUGCUAGUGCUUUAGAAACAUUUGGAGGAGGUCACAAUGAUCCGAUCAGUGUUGCUUUCGGUGGUCCUGUAAUGACAAAAUUUACUAUUGCAUUAAGAGAGAUUGGGACUUAUAAGGAAGUACUCCGUUCUCAGGCUGAGCACAUGCUUAAUGACCGGCUGUUACAAUUUGUCAAUAUUGAUUUGCAUGAUGUGAAGGAAGCGCGCAGACGUUUUGACAAGGCGUGUCUUGUGUAUGAUCAGGCUCGUGAGAAGUUCUUGUCACUUAGGAAGGGAACAAAAGGUGAUGUUGCUACGAUCUUAGAGGAGGAGCUGCAUCAGGCAAGAUCUACGUUUGAGCAAGCUCGCUUUAAUCUGGUGACUACUCUUUCUAACAUUGAAGCAAAAAAGAGAUUUGAGUUCCUUGAAGCCGUCAGUGGGACCAUGGAUGCACAUCUGCGUUACUUCAAGCAGAUAAAGGCUGGGGAUACGAAGGACUAUAGAGAAGAAACUGCUCUGGAUAAAUGCAAUGUUGGCAAUCCUUUGGAGCAUGGCUAUGAGCUGUUGCAUCAGAUGGAGCCGUAUAUAAACCAGGUCCUGACAUAUGCUCAGCAAUCCAGAGAAAGGUCCAAUUAUGAGCAGGCAGCUCUUAAUGAAAGAAUGCAAGAGUACAAGAGACAAAUUGAUCGAGAGACUAGAUGGUGUUCUAACGGAUCUAAUGGAUCUCCAAAUGGCGAUGGUAUACAAGCUAUUGGUAGAAGUUCACAUAAAACAAUAGAUGCAGUUAUGCAAUCUGCCGCAAAAGGAAAGGUUCAAACCAUAAGGCAGGGUUAUCUCUCGAAACGUUCAUCUAACUUGAGAGGGGAUUGGAAGAGAAGGUUUUUUGUCCUUGAUAGCCGAGGAAUGCUUUACUACUACAGGAAAGAGUGCAGUAAACCAUCUAGCUCCGGGCCCCGUAGUUCUGGUCAGAGGAAUAGUUCUGAACUUGGUUCUGGAUUGCUUAGUCGCUGGCUUUCUUCACAUUAUCAUGGUGGGGUGCAUGAUGAGAAAUCUGUUGCCCAUCAUACUGUAAAUCUGCUAACUGCAACAAUAAAAGUUGAUGCUGAUCAGUCAGAUCUACGGUUUUGCUUCAGGAUUAUCUCACCAACCAAAAACUACACAUUACAGGCAGAAAGUGCAUCGGAUCAAAUGGAUUGGAUUGAGAAAAUAACAGGGGUCAUUGCUUCGUUGUUAAGCUCUCAAACCCCUGAAAGGUGUCUGUCUGCUAAUCCAAUGGGAGGUCUUCAUCGAUCUGCCAGUGAGAGUAGCUCCGUCGAAAGUUCUGAUUUUGAUCACGCUACAAAUGAAGAAAACAUAUCUGAGAGAUGCCUCACUGCUAUGCAUCAUGACCGCCCAUUGAGAAGUUCACUACAACAGCGAUCAUUCAUGAGGUCUGAAAAGCCAAUUGAUCUGCUGAGGAAGGUUGGUGGUAAUGACAAAUGUGCAGAUUGUGGAGCCCCAGAACCUGAUUGGGCUUCCUUAAAUCUGGGAUUACUUGUUUGCAUCGAAUGUUCAGGUGUUCAUCGCAAUCUUGGUGUUCACAUUUCAAAGGUUAGAUCACUUACACUCGACGUUAAAGUGUGGGAGCCCUCGGUCAUAUCAUUAUUUCAGUCUCUGGGAAAUUCAUUUUCUAAUUCAUUGUGGGAAGAACUUUUGCGGUCAAAAGGUGCUUUUCAUGUUGAUCUUUCGGCUUCAAGCUCGCUGAAGGCUGAUAAGUCGCAGCAGCUUUUCAUCAGCAAACCUAGUGCUGCUGAUUCAAUCGCAAUAAAGGAAAAGUUCAUUCAUGCAAAGUAUGCAGAUAAGCUGUUUGUUCGGAAGCCAAAGGACACGCAACAUCUUCGGUUAUUAGCACAACAAAUUUGGGAAGGUGUGCGUAACAAUGACAAGAAAGCAGUAUAUCGGUAUAUUGUGAACUUUGAAGCAGAUGUUAACGCUGUGUAUGAGUUAACAUCCACAAGCUCUUCUUUAACCCUUGCAAAAGUAAUGCGGUUACCAGAGCAGACAAAUCAUGGACCAAACUCUAGUCAAUGGACUGGGGAAUUGUCAUGCAAAUCCUCUGAGAGCUCAUCUAGUGUAUCUGCCGAAAAUGAAUUGCUGAGCAUGGAGGAUCUAGACGGAUGUUCCUUGCUUCACCUUGCUUGUGAAUAUGCUGACAUAGGCAUGUUGGAGCUCCUUCUGCAGUACGGCGCAAAUGUAAAUGCAUCAGACUCUAGAGGUCAGACACCACUUCAUCGAUGUGUUCUGAAAAGGAAGGCUGUAGCUGCAAGAUUGCUUCUGACAAGGGGUGCAGAUCCGCAGGCUGUGGAUGGAGAAAGUAGAACCCCUCUUGAUAUUGCCAGGGAAACUAAAUUCGAUGAUCCUGAGGUACUUUCCUUGUUGUCUUACUCCAGAGGAUAAAAGUCAAAUGAAGCGUUUUGGUUUUUUUUUUUUUAGAGGGGGGGGGGGGGGGGGGGGGGGGUGUACUAUAUUUUGGAGCUGGUGUUUCUGUAUUUAAGAGUAGGCUGUGUAGAGUUGUAUUUUCUUUUCCUUUUGUAUAUUUUCAUGUUGUUCCUGAUUGGAGAAUGUCGGAAGCAGUUUGAAUGCGGAACAAAUGCCGGGGAUCUUUAAAUAUGUUGUGCUAGUCCUAGAUCAUUUGAAGCACUUGGAUUUAGGUGGUUGUGUGUGUGUACAUUUGUUGUCCUCCUUUAUUUCUUGUAUUGAGGAUACCAAUUCUUUUCUAGAGUUAUAGCUUAACUGGCUGUUGUGCUUCUGUGUAUCUAGUAAAAAGAACAAAAAAAAUUAAAAAUAAAUAAAUUGAAACCAGUAAUGAAAAUUGAGCAUUUUGCAGUACUAA